AUGGGCAGUGGUGAGAAACCUCUUCACCUGCAACCACACUUGGAGCAGCAGCCAAAGGAGCAGAGACACAGAAAGCCAAAACAGAAGCCCCCCCAAACCCUUGAAGAAAUCAGCAAGGUGCGCAAGAAGAUGGGGCUGCCUGAACACCCUUCUUCUUCUUCCCCAGCCUCACCUUCCUCCAUUGUUGGAUCUCUUAGAGGCAUGCCCUUCAGAAAGCUGUCUGGGUGCUAUGAGUGCAGGAUGGUGGUUGACCCUGUUCUUGGCCUCACCAGAGACCCUUCUCUCAGAACUACCAUCUGUUCUUGCCAUGUUUGUGUGUCAGAACUGGGAGUUGAAGACACGAGCAGAAACGUUGUGGAGAUCAUAUUCCAAUCCAGUUGGCUCAAGAAACACAACCCAAUCUGCACUAUCGACAGAAUCCUUAAAGUCCACAACACACCCAAAGUAAUCUCGAGGUUUGAGGAGUACAGGGACGCCAUUAAAGCAAAAGCCAACAAGCUUCCCAAAAAGCACCCACGUUGCGUGGCAGAUGGGAAUGAGCUCCUGAGGUUCCAAUUCCGGUCAGGCAGGCAGGCAGCGAGAUGUCCCUGA